CUCGUUUACCUUGUGCCAAAAGUUAGCUAUUGGUUUGUUUAGUGAACUACAUUGUUGUGUACAUUCCAAUGUACCUCGAUUACUUGAAUAGUGUCUCCACACAGAUGUACCAUCAGAUAGCUGGUUUGUAUGAUCAUGGAUGUUGACUGCACAAUAGUCAGUUUGAAACGAUCCAAUAGUGCACCCAUGAUCAACAAAAUUACCGCAACAAUGUCUGUGACAUCACCUUCUGCCACUGCACCAAGGGAUGUUCCAUCGAAUUUUAAUAUAUUUUCAAAUUCACCUCGCAUACGACGCUUCAGCACUAGUAGCUCUGGAACUGUUCCUAGAUUAACUCCACGUGUCAGUCAAUUGAGACAAGAAGAAUGUAUCGAUGUGGCUGGACGUGAAGCAGCACAUGAAAAAGAAAUACAUAGUGCCAUGCAGAUCUCACAGUCUUGGGAAGAUCUUACGAUCGAAGCAGAAGGACUAUCUUUCAAAGAUUCAGAACCAACAUCGUUACAAUUUAAAAUAGAGUCUCGGCCGAUUGCAAAACGAGUGCUCGAUCCGCUCAGUAUCAACUUGUCUGUAAGCGGUCAGACCACAUACUCUUCACCAUCACCAACUAGAUCUACCUUAGGUCAGAGACAAUGUUAUUCACCUGGUGUUCAUGCAGUAGCUUGGAAGAAUAAUUUAUCGCCCAGCCCUACUAGGAAAGCUUUUGCUACCAGGCGGAGUUUAAGUCCUAUUGCGAUACGACCGAGUUGUUUAGCUUCAGUUAAGAGAAAAUUUGAAUUGGAUGAUUCUGGAAUUGAUCAUCAGUUACAACCACCAACAAAACGUACCUCUGGUUUAUUAACCUCGGCCACGUCUAGAUUGGAUGUGGCAAUAUCUAGUCUUCAUCCAACUAUUAACACGGCCGGAACUCCGGAAUCUUGUCCCAGUCUUGAUUCUCCUGGUUUUUCUUUUCGACCCGUGGAUAGUCCUUCUCCUGGUCCAACUGUUACUUCGACUUUUAAUGAUGAGCCGUCUUCUUCCUCUUCAUCCUCUUCUUCGUCUUCUUUAUCAUCUUCGUCACCUUCAACUCCCUCCUCCUGUUCGUCGUUUUCCUCCUCCUCUUCUUCAGUCACCUCUUCCUCGGAAGGAUUAAGGAUUCAGAAUAAAACUUCCGUAGAAUGCCGGAAUGAACAAAUUACACGAGAAAACCACGGAUAA